GCGCGGCCUCUCCGCAGCACCUUGGGGCGGCCAUGCAGGGAUCCCGGGGCCCCCGGAGCGGGGGGUCGGGCCUGAGGGCCCCCCCGAGCCCGGGCGUGCCACCGAAGAGGGCCAAGGUGGGGACCGGGCCCCCGCCGGACGGCGCCCCGGUCUUUCUGAGGCAGCUGAAGGACGCGGCCGUCUUCGCCGGGGGGGACGUGAGGCUGAGGGUGGCGGUGGAGGGGAGCCCCCCGCCCUGCCUCAGCUGGUUCCGGAACGGGGAGCCCCUCCAGGCUCCGGCCUCCGAGCCCUGGGCCCUGUGGCUCCGGGCCUGCGGGCCCGAGGACGCCGGGGUCUACACCUGCUCCGCCCGCAACCACCUGGGAGAGGCCUCUUGCAGCGCCGUCCUGGCCGUGCUGGAGGUCGGAGACUCGGAGACGGGCGAGGAUGAGGCCAUCCAUCCCCAAGGGACCCCCCGACGGGGACAUCAGGACCAAGGGGCCUUCAGCAUCUCCACAGGGGGCUCGGACACCCUGGUGGGCACCUCCCUGGAUACGCCCCCGACCUCUGUGACGGACACCUCAGAGGAUCAGGCGAGCCGGUGGGGCAGCGGGCAGACCGUGCUGGAGCAGGAGGUGGGCGUCCGCGGAGGGGAGGCCCGUCGGGCCCAGAGCAGCCCAAGGCAAGCACACGGCGCCGGGCCCGGGCCGCGGCACCUGGGGGUGGAGCCGCUGGUGCGGGCGUCUCGUGCCGACCUGCCGGUGGUGGGCACAAGCUGGGGGUCAGAGGAUAGCCUCUCGGUGGCCGGAGACCUGUACGGCAGCGCAUUCAGCCUGUACAGAGGACGAGUCCUCUCGAACCAUGUCAGCGUCCCGCCAUGGAGAGAAGACCCCGACCCCCAGCCUCGGAAGGCCGGCGGCCCGCCGAGACCCCCGGCCCCGCCGCCCCCGUCCAAGGCGGCCCUGCUCCCGCCGCCCUCCCCUCGGAUGGGCAGACGCCCCCCGCCCGGGCCCGUCCCCCCGGCCCCCGGCCCCGGAGCCCCGACGUCCCCCACGCCCCGCUCCCCGCGCCCGACCCGCACCGGCUCCCGCAUCCUGGACAAGCUGCAGUUCUUCGAGGAGCGACGGCGCAGCCUGGAGCGCAGCGCUUCGCCCCAGCCCGUGCGGGCCUGGAUGCCCCUGCGCAAAGCCCGCUCCCUGGACCACCCCAAGACGGAGGGCAGCCCCGGGGCGUCGAGGGAGGAGCUGCGGGAGCCCGGAGGCCUGGACCAGCGACGCCGGGCAUUCCGGGAGCGGGCGGCCUCCCUGGACGAGAGGAUCCGCCAGCUCAGUCCGGCCUCCCACCUGGAAUUCCGCUUCUCCCAGGAAUUAGGCCGCAUCCGGCGCUCGGCUUCCCGGGAGGAGCUGGUGCGGUCCCACGAGUCCCUCCGCGACACCCUGCGCCGGGCCCCCUCUCCCCGAGACCCCGGGGAGCCCCCUCUCUUCCCCCCCCGACCCCCGAUCCCCAAGGGUCCGGCCGGGGACGGGGGACGGGAGACCCUCGGGGAGCCGGAGACGCCCGGGUUGGGCGUCGAGAGGGGUCUCCGACCCCUGGGGUUGGGGGGCCCGAGGCCGGUCAGCCCUCGCCAAGAGGUGCGUCGCAGGGAGCGGGCCCCCUCUCCGGCCUCGGGCCGGGGUCUCCCGGAGGCCCAGAGCCCCCGGCCGGCCAGCGAGCCCCCCGAGUCCAGGACCGGGACCCCCACGGGCCGCAAGAGAGACCCUCCGGCGCAGGCCGUGCGCUUCCUGCCCUGGGCCGGGCCGGGUCAGGAGACCUCCGGCCUCCGGGAUCUGGAGAAGAACCGCACCGGGCCCGAGGCGGAGAAGAGGCCUAGGAGAGGCCCGGAGGAGGACGAGCCCUGGGAGGUCCGGGGCCGCAGGGGACCGGAGGGCCGCAGCAGGGGCCGCCGGGCCCGGCCCGCCUCGCCGGACCUGGAGUCAUCGGACGAUUCCUACGUCUCGGCCGAAGAGGAGCCCCUGGAGGCGCCGGUCUUUGAAAUCCCCGUGGAGGGAAUGGUGGUGGCCCCCGGGGCCAACGUGCUGCUCAAGUGCAUUAUCACAGCCAACCCGUCACCCCAAGUGUCCUGGCAGAAGGACGGGGUCGCCUUGAAGAGCGGCGCCCGCACCCUGAUCCGGGCAGAGGGCGAACGCCACACCCUCCUCCUGCGCCAGGCUCAGCCCGAAGACACCGGCCUCUACACCGUCUUCGCUGCCAACGAGCUGGGCCAGGCCAGCUGCAACGCCACCCUCUCUGUGAAACAUGGGGCCACCGGCUCCCCCUUGGGCAGCCCCAUCACGUCGGACGAGGAGUACCUGAGCCCCCCGGAGGACAUGCCCGAGUCCGGGGAGCCCCCGGCUCUCGCCGCCGUGAAGGCCCCGGCCUCCCCGGAGCCCACCUGCAAGGCGCCCCCGACUUUCCAGGUGCCUCUGCAGGACCAGCACGUGCAGGAGGGCCACGAUGUGACCAUGAGCGUCCGGGUGCAGGGGGACCCCGAGCCCGUCGUCUCCUGGUUGAGGAACCGGCAGCCGGUCCGCCCCGACCAGCGGCGCUUCGCGGAGCAGGCGGAAGGCGGCCUCCGCCAACUGCGCAUCCUGGCAGCCGAGCGCGGGGACGCCGGCUUCUACACCUGCAAGGCGGUCAACGAGUAUGGCACCCGCCAGUGCGAAGCCAAGCUGGAGGUCAGAGCGCACCCCGAGAGCCGGUCGUUGGCGGUGCUGGCCCCCCUGCACGAUGUGAGCGUGGGGGCCGGGGAGAUGGCGCUCUUUGAAUGCCUGGUGGCGGGGCCGGCGGACGUGGAGGUGGACUGGCUCUCCCGAGGUCGGCUGCUGCAGCCCGCGCUGCUCAGGUGCAAGAUGCACUUCGACGGCCGGAAGUGCAAGCUGCUGCUCACUUCCGUGCACGAGGACGACAGCGGCGUCUACACCUGCAAACUCAGCACGGCCAAAGACGAGCUGACCUGCAGCGCCAGGCUGAGCGUCCGUCCGUCCCUGGCCCCCCUGUUCACGCGGAAGCUGGAGGACGCGGAGGUGGUGGAGGGCCGCGGCGCCCGCUUCGACUGCAAGAUCAGCGGCUCGCCGCCACCCGCAGUGGCCUGGACGCACUUCGGCCAGCCGGUGGAGGAGAGCGAGAACGUGCGACUUCUGCAGCAGAGGGGACUGCACUCUCUGGUCCUCGGCCACGUGGGCCGGGAGGACGAGGGGCUGUACGCGGUCAGCGCCACCAACGCCCACGGCCAGGCCCACUGCUCCGCCCAGCUCUACGUGGAGGAGCCCCGCUCCGCCGCCUCGGCCCACAGCUCCAAGCUGGAAAAGAUGCCGUCCAUCCCGGAGGAGCCGGAGCAGGGGGAGCUGGAGCGGCUGUCGAUCCCGGACUUCCUGAGGCCCCUGCAGGACGUGGAAGUGGGCCAGGGCAAAGAGGCGGCGCUGGAAUGCCAGGUGGCCGGCCUGCCCUACCCCACCAUCACCUGGUUCCACAACGGGCAGCGCAUCCAGAGUUCCGACGAGCGCCGGGUGACGCAGUACCGGGACGUGUACCAGCUGGUGUUCCCUGCCGUGGGCCCGCAGCACGCGGGCGUGUACAAGAGCGUCAUCGCCAACAAGCUGGGAAAAGCCGCCUGCUACGCCCACCUCUACGUCACAGACGUGGUGCCCGCCCCUCCCGACGGACCCCCGCUUGUGGCAGCCGUGACCGGGAAGGUGGUCGUCCUCCGGUGGAAUCCGCCCAAGAACCUGGACUCGGCCAUCGGCCCGGACGCGCUGUCGUACACCGUCCAACAGCAGGUGGUGGGCAGUAACCAGUGGAAAGUGCUGGCCACGGGGCUGAGGGAGCCACAGUGGACGGUCACCGCCCUGCGCAAAGGAGCCAGCUACCUCUUCCGCGUCCUCACCACCACGGCCAAGAGCAGCAGCAAACCCUCCGCCCCAUCCGAGCCCGUGCGCCUACUAGAGCGGGGCCCCACCCUGGAGGAGGCCCCUGUCGCGCUGGAAAAGCCGGACGUGGUUCACGUGGUGGAGGGCCGCCCCGCUAGCGUCACCAUCACCUUCAACCACGUCGAGGCCCAGAUCACGUGGAGGAGCCGACGGGGGGCGCUCCUGGAGGCCCGGGCGGGCGUGUACGAGCUGAGCCAGCCGGACGACGACCAGCACCGCCUGCACAUCUGCCGAGUCUCCCCACGCGACCUGGGCGAGCUGACCUGCACGGCCCGGAACCGGCACGGGGCCCUCACCUGCUCCGUCACCCUGGAGCUGGCAGAGGCUCCGCGCUUCGAAUCCAUCAUGGAGGACGUGGAGGUGGAGGAGGGGGAGACGGCGCGUUUUGCCGUGGUGGUGGAGGGGAGGCCGCUGCCCGACGUCGCGUGGUACAAGGACGAGACCCUGCUGGAGGGGAGCAGCCGCGUGAGCUUCGUGGAUGAGGAGAGGGAGCGCUCCCUCGUGGUGCUCGACGCCGACCCCCGGGACCGCGGCGUCUACACCUGCACGGCCCGCAACCUGGCCGGAACGGUGUCCUGCAAGGCCGAGCUGGACGUCUGCUCAGCCCAGCCGGCCCUGGAGGCGGAAGGCGGGGAGGAGGAGGACCAGCCGCGCGGAAACAGACUCAGCGACUUCUACGACAUCCACCAGGAGAUCGGCCGGGGCGCGUUCUCCUACCUGCGACGAGUGGUGGAGCGCAGUUCCGGCCUGGAGUUCGCGGCCAAGUUCAUCCCGAGCCGGGCCAAGCCCAAGGCGUCGGCGCUCCGGGAGGCCGGCCUCCUUUCCCGCCUGCAGCACGACCACGUGCUCUACUUCCACGAGGCCUUCGAGAAACGCCGCGGCCUCGUCCUCGUCACCGAGCUCUGCGCAGAGGAGCUGCUUGAGAGGAUGGCCAGGAAGCCGGCCCUCUGGGAGGCCGAGAUCCGCGCCUACAUGCGGCAGGUCCUGGAGGGGCUCCGCUACCUGCAUCACAACCACGUGCUGCACCUGGACAUCAAGCCGGAAAACCUGCUGGUGGCCGCGGGGUCAGGGGAGCAGGUGCGGCUCUGUGACUUCGGGAACGCCCAGGAGCUGAAGCUCGGGGAGCCCCAGUACUGCCAGUACGGCACCCCGGAAUUCGUGGGGCCCGAGAUCGUCAACCAGACCCCCGUGACCUGCGUCACUGACAUCUGGCCAGUGGGAGUGGUCGCCUUCCUGUGCUUGACGGGGAUCUCGCCGUUCGUGGGGGAGAGCGACCGAGCCACCCUGAUGAACAUCCGCAACUACAACGUGGCCUUCGAGGAGAAGACGUUCGUCAGCCUCACCAGGGAGGCCCGCGGCUUCCUCAUCAAGGUCCUGGUCAGGGACCGCCUGCGACCCACGGCAGAGGAGACCCUGGAACACCCCUGGUUCAAGACGCUGGCAAAGGGGGCUAACAUCAGCACCGACCACCUGAGGCUGUUCCUGUCUCGCAGACGGUGGCAGCGGUCCCAGGUGAGCUACAAGUGCCGUCUGGUCCUUCGGCCGAUCCCGGAGCUGCUGCGGGAGCCGGGGGGCCGCGUGUCGGUGGCCGUCCCCCGCCGGCCGCCCCCCGGGGGUCUCUCCUCGUCCUCCGACUCCGAGGAGCUGGAGGAGCUGCCUUCGGUCCCGCGGCCCCUGCAGCCCGAGUUCUCCGGCUCCCGGGUCUCGCUGACCGAAAUCCCCACGGAGGACGAGGCGGCCCCGACGGCCUUGGCCGAGGGGUUCGGCCGGGAGCCGGGUGUCCCCUCGACGGCGGCGGCCCCGGCCCCCGCCGGGCCGGUCCUGCGGGCCUCCCGCCCGGCUGGCCAGGCCCAGGCCGGCGACUCGGGCCGGCGGGCCGAGGACGGGAGGGUCAGCGGCCUGCGCGGACCACUGCUGGAGAGCCUGUCCGGGCCCGGCCGGGGCCCCCGGCCCAGGGACCCCCGGCUGAGCCGGGCCGCGUCCAGCGAGGCCGCCCCUGUCCGGCCGCCCCCGCCCGAGGCCCUGCGGAAGAGCAGCUCCUUCUGCCAGGGCGAGGCCCAGCCCCGGGGCCGUCACCGCCGGGCCGGAGCCCCCCUGGAGAUCCCCCUGCCCCGCCUGGGUGCCCAAAGCCUCCGCCAAUCGCCCUCCCUGUCUGCUGUCGGCGAGGACCGGCCCCCGGCCCUCCGGGCCCCCGGCCCCCCUGGUGAGCCGGAGGGCCGGAGGAAGGCCCCGCUCAGCCCCGACGGGGCCGGACCCCGGGAGGACCGGCCGCCCCCCGCCACGCCUUACGCCCGGGCCAUACGGGCCCUGCAGCUGCCCGGUGACCCCCGGCUGACCCCGCCGGCGGUCGCCACCAGCCCCGGUCCCCAGCCGGCCCGGCCGGCCCAGCCGGCGGCCCAAGAGGCCGGAGGCCCGCCCCCCGACCUCAAGCCCGCCGGCCCGGCCUGGAGAGACACCCGGCCGCCGGCCCCGGGAUUGGACUCGGAGGAGAUCUUCGAGGCCAAGUUCAAGCGCGGAGGCCACUGGCCCCUGGGCCGGGGCCUGCGGCUCCUCGUCCGCUCCCGCUCUGAGGAGAGGGGACCCUCGGGCCCCUGGAGGUCCGAAGACCCCAUGUACCGGCCCAGUCCGGCCGGGACCCCCCUGGAGCUGGUGAGGAGGCCUCAGCGGGCCCUCUCCGUCCAGGACCUGGCCGGGGCCGGGGCCGGCGGGGAGAAGGGCUUCGUGCGCCGCCUCUCCCUGUCCCUGGCCCAGCGGCUGCGCCGGACCCCCCCGGCCCAACGUCGGGCCUCGUGGGGUCCGCAGGACGGGGACGGGACGGAGGCCGGCGGGUCACCGGUCCUGGCCGUGCGCAGGAGGCUGAGCGCCACCCUGGAGCGGCUGUCCGGCCGCCUGCGCGGGGAGGCCGGGGGGACCCCGCCCCUGCUGGGCCGCCUGCGGAGGGCCACGUCCGAGGGAGACCACCUGCGGGCCGUCGGGCUGGGCCCCCCGCACAACCAGCUGGCCGCCCAGGUGGGCGCCUCGCCCUCGGCCGACUCUCUGGGCUCCUCGGCCAGCGCCUCCUCCGCCUCCUCAGCCCUGGGGGAGGGUCCGAGCCUGCGAUCUCGCUGGGAGCGCUGGGGCCUGUCCAGGCACCGGAAAGACAAGACUUCGUCCCAGCCCAGCCUCUCCGCCAGCGCCGGGGAAGAAUCCAGCCCGGACCCCCAGUAUGUGCGCAGCGAGUCAGACUUUCCCCCCGUCUUCCACAUCAAGCUGAAGGACCAGGUGUUGCUGGAGGGGGAGGCCGUGACCCUGCUCUGCCUGCCUGCGGCCUGUCCCGCCCCCCAAAUCUCCUGGAUGAAAGAUAAGCGGUCCCUGCAGUCGGAUCCGGGGGUGACCACGGUCUCGUGCAAGGACGGCCGGCAGCUCCUGACGGUGCCACGGGUGGGCAAGCGCCACGCGGGCCUGUACGAAUGCUCUGCCACCAACCCCUUGGGCAGCGCCGUCAGCUCCUGCACCUUGGCCGUGGCCCGCACCCCGGCCAAGCCCGCUCCUCCCGAGGUGCCGCAGAAGUACCGGGACACCGCGCUGGUCCUCUGGAAGCCCGGGGAUGGACAGGCGCCCUGCAGCUACACCUUGGAGCGACGGGUGGAUGGGGAGUCAGAGUGGCUGUGCGUGAGCACGGGAAUCAGCGACUGCUACUAUAACGUGAGCCAGCUGCCCCUCGGGGUGGCCGUCCGCUUCCGCGUGGCCUGCGUGAACCGGGCCGGGCAAGGCCCCUUCAGCAACGCCUCCGAGAGGGUCCUCGUGGGGGCCGCAGGUUCCCCGUCCGCAUCUCCGGCUUUCCCGCAGCCCACCCCGGCGACCUCCGGGCCGGACAGGACGCCCUCCCUCCCGUCCCCGCCGGUCUCUCCGUCCUCCCCGGUUCCGCCCUCUACCCCGGGCUCUCCCCCCUGCCCCUCGCCGGCCUCCACCCCGGCAUCCGCCCCAACCCCGGCCUCCGCCUUGACCUCUGCCCUUUCACCCGCCUCCACCCCGGCCUCCACCCUCACACCUACCCCCACUCCAGCCUCCGCCCCUCUCCCGUCUGCAGCCGCCCCCUCCUCGCCCUCCUCCCCCCUACCUCCCUCCGCUCCCGGCCGCCCCCGGCCUCCUCUCCGGGCUGGGGGUCCCCCUCCGCCGACUCCUCCGAGGAAGCGGCGCGGCCUCCCGGCCGGCCGGCCCACGCCCGGGUCUCCUGCCCCGGAGCCCCCGGCCCCCUUGUACAUGGUGACCUCCUUCGUGUCCGAGUCCCCGGACCCGACCCGAGUGACCGGCGUCGGGGGGGGAAAUGACCCGGGCGGCGCCCCCGCCGUCUCGCCCGGCCCCGAGGGCACCGUGCUGCGCCAGGGACCCCCCCAGAAGCCCUACACCUUUCUGGAGGAGAGAGCCAGGGGCCGGUUCGGCGUGAUCCGGGAGUGCCGGGAGAACGCGACGGGCCGACACUUCGUGGCCAAGAUCGUGCCCUACGAGGCGGAGGGGCGGCGGCGGGCGCUGCAGGAAUACGAGGUGCUGCGGGGCCUGCACCACGAGCGGAUCAUGGCUCUGCACGAGGCCUACGUCACCCCCCGCUACCUCGUCCUCAUCGCCGAGAGCUGCGGGCCCCGGGAGCUGCUCUGCGGCCUCAGCGACAGGUUCCGGUACUCGGAGGAGGACGUGGUGACCUACGUGGUCCAGCUGCUGCAGGGCCUGGACUACCUGCACGGCCGCCACGUCCUCCACCUGGACAUCAAGCCCGACAACCUGCUGCUCUCGCCCUCCAACACCCUGAAGAUCGUGGACUUCGGCAGCGCUCGGCCCUACAGCCCCAACGCCCUGCGACCCCUGGGCUACCGCACGGGCACCUUGGAGUUCAUGGCUCCCGAGAUGGUGAAAGGGGACCCCAUCGGCUCGGCCGCUGACAUCUGGGGGGCCGGCGUGCUGGCCUACAUCAUGCUGAGCGGCCGGUCCCCCUUCUACGAGCCCGACCCCCGGGAGACGGAGAACCGCAUCGUGGGGGGCCGCUUCGAUGCUUUCCAGCUGUACCCCAACACCUCCCAGAGUGCCGCCCUUUUCCUACGCAAGGUCCUCGCCGUCCACCCCUGGAGCCGUCCGUCGCUGCGGGACUGCCUGUCCCACCCGUGGCUGCAGGACGCCUACCUGAUGAAGCUGCGACGCCAGACUCUCACCUUCACCACCAACCGGCUCAAGGAGUUCCUGGGCGAGCAGGGCCGUCGCCGGGCCGAGGCCGCCACCCGACACAAGGUGCUGCUGCGCCCCUACCCCGGCGGCCCCUGACCCCCGCCCGGACA